UGUUAGAGAGAAAAAAUGUUUAAUAUUACAAAUAAUGUGAAACAGAAUAGUAAUAAAAAUAGAGGAAAUAUUUUAUCGUAAUUAGGUCCUUCAAGAUAACAGAAUACUUAUGUUUUAAAAAAAAAUAAAAAAAAAGAGAUAACCGAAUACUUAAACAAGGGCACAUUAUUUAUAUUACUCCGUAUUAUUAUUGCCACAUCUAAGCUAAGCUACAUUAUAAAUAGGGAAUGAAUUGGUUGCUUGUCUAGAAUCUUAUCUGUGCCAUUUUCACCAAGUCAAGUUCUCUAUUAGCUUCUCUUCAUCAAGAAAUUAAGGAUAGAAAUGGCUGAUGAGGGUAAUGUGCACAAGGAAGAAUCGGCCAUGAAUGAGCUAAUGAAGCAAGCCGAAGAAGCGAAGUCCCAUGAUGAUUUGAUCUUUGGAGGUUGGUUUUACAACAAGAGUACCCACACACCCAUGCACCUCCACGCUGAGAAGAUAUGGUCUGGGGAUUUUUAUCAUAAAUAUUCUGAAAUAUUUGCAGAAUCAACCGGUUUUACACAAAGCGUAAAAAAGGACAAGGGAAUAAUCAAGUCUGCUGUAGUGUAUUCUAUCAAAACUAGUGAAGAUCAAUCUAAUCACUAUGCUUUUCUCUUGGCAUGGUCUCACUUCUACGUCAAUGAAGAAAGACGCACUUCAAAGGCUUAUGGAUAUUGUGGCCUUCUGGAGAAAUUCCAAAACAUAGACUGGGAUAAGGUUGAAAAGGACCUCGACGCUUCCACCUCGUCGUGCUCCUACAUUGACGCUUAUACUCGAACUUCGGUGAAGGCCGAAAUCUAUGCAAACGUAGUUUAUGCAGAUUUCAGUUAGAUGGAAUAAGGCGGUCCGCCCUAAGCUAGGUAUACCAAGCAUCUGUAUGAUCAUAUAGCUAGGGCAGACAAAUCGAUUAUAAGAUGGAUGAGAUUUAUACUUAUGUAUUGCAAGUAACGUAGCUAGCAACUACGUACUAAGAAUAUUAUAUAUGUAACGUCUAUAAUAAAAUGCAUAUAUGGCUGUAUGCUAGACGCUUGUACUAUAUACGUCUGUACUAAUAAUAAAAAAAAUGUCUCUUUAAUGCUCAUAUGAAUCAUAUG